AUGAAAACUUUGAACUAAGAAAUGAGUAUUGUGGUUGCCAAAUUACCUUUCGAACCAUUUUAUUUAUUAUAAAGUCUAACCCAUAGAGGCUUAAUUGGAAAUGAUAUGACUGAUUGUGCAUAUAUAUUUAUAUAUGUAUAAUCAGCAUAUAUAUGGAGAACAAAUAUCUAGAAAUAUUUUGGAUUCGAACCACCUUAAAAUAAAUAAAAUGCUUGGGGAUAGUAAGGAUUUGGAUUAUAAAAAUGA